AUGCAGGAGACAGAAAGGGAAAAAUCUCCAGAAACUGCAACAAGCAGUGCGGCAAAGGGAAAAGACGAAAGUCCACAAAUUCAGAGGGAGACUGGGGGAGAAAGUUCUGCAAAGUUUGAAACUCCUGGGGGAAUAAAUCAAAUUCCGGAUGAUAUGAAACAAAAGUGCUACAUCUGGGGGACGAGACCGAAGGAAGACGCAAAUGGCGAUACUAACGAGUAUGAGGAGAUAUGCACUCUGAUUGGCCAAGGAGAAUACAUUUUGAUGAGAAUGCACCUUGCAUCCCUCCAGGCAAAAAGUGAUAUAGAAUCUCAGAAAAAUGAAAAGAGGUUUCAGGAACAAAUAUACUGUCUCCCCCCCGAUAUUGUGAGCAUGGCACUUUCGGAUCACCCAAGGGGGGAAUUCAUAUCCCCGAAAAUGAAAAAGGAAUUCAGGGAGGAGGUGGACCACUAUAGAGUGGAAUAUGCUUCCCGGAUACUAUUCAGUGAGAUGAAUAAACAGAGAGAUCGGGCAAUUAGAGAGAGUAGUGCUAUAAGGCUGUCGAAGCCAUCCUCUGUAUUAUUGAGUCCGUUUUAUCAGAUUAAUUCUGCUGAUAUAGAAACUGGGUAA